AUGUCCACCUUCAUCAUCUCAUCCUCCGCUGUAACCCCUAUGGUGAGUGGACUCAACGGCUUAGCAUCACUCAACCUCACCCUCCACCUCUCCUUCGGACAACUCCUUCACUCUCGGCCAUCGUCGCUUACCUUCACUCACAUGCUUCACAUUCGGUACAGAUCAAAGGACGAUCUCCGGGAGUACGCGGUGCAUCCUGAGCACGUUCGCGUCAUCAACGAGAAUAAACCGAUCAUCGAUGACGUCAUGGCUGUUGAUUGGAUGUCUAAUGGUGCUAGUGUCUCACCGAAGCCAGGGUCGGAGAUGAGAGUUACAUUUCUGAAGUUGAAGGGGAAUUUAGGGGAAAAUGAGAAAGCUAGGGUUUUGGAAGUGAUUGGAGGAAUUAAAGAUCAGUUUCAAGCGAUUGAACAGCUAAGUUUGGGUGAGAAUUUCUCUCAUGAAAGGGCGAAAGGAUUUUUAUGA